AUGUCCGGAAAGCCACUAGUCUUCGUCACCGGCAACGCCAACAAGCUCGCGGAGGUCAAAGCGAUCCUCGCAGCGGGUGGCGCGCCUCUGGCGCUUGAAUCACGCGCUUUGGACUUGCCAGAGAUCCAAGGAUCGACGCAAGAAGUCGCGCGGGAGAAGGUCAAAGCCGCAGCCGAAAUCGUCGGCGGACCGUGCAUCACAGAGGACACCGCGCUCUGCUUUGAAGCCCUCAACGGCCUCCCGGGGCCCUACAUCAAAUUCUUCCUCAAAGACCUCGGGCACGAAGGCCUGAACAAGAUGCUCCACGGCUUCUCGUCGACCGCCGCCUGGGCCCUCUGCACAUUCGCCUACUGCGCCGGCCCCGGCUCCGAGCCCGUCCUGUUCGAAGGGCGCACGGACGGGCGCAUCGUCCCUGCGCGCGGGCCGGCGAAGUUUGGGUGGGAUCCGGUGUUCGAGCCUGUUGAGGGCGAGGGGAAGACGUACGCGGAGAUGGACCCCAAGGCGAAGAACUUGAUCUCGCAUCGGUAUCGGGCGUUGGAGAAGCUGAGGGCGUUCUUGAAGGAGAAGGCGGUAGAGGGGGAGGUGGCUACUACGGCCUGA